UGGUAGCCUGUGCCGAGAAGUGGCAUUGUUCACUACUACUACUUACUGCCGCUAUUCUGUUGCUCACUUACUCUUUACUUCAUCCCCUUCCUGCAUACUCUCAUUCUCCGACGGACUAAUUGAAUAUAUAUCACCAUCCUUCACUUUAUCUGGGGACUCGGUUUUGUAACGACCCUUAAUCUAAGCCCCUCCUCCCCCUCGGUCUACUCCCCGAAAUUACGUUAUAAUGGCUGAUGACACCGCUACGGCGGACGACUCGCCCGUCACCUUCAAUAUCAAGUCCUCAAAUGAUGCGAAAUUCACCAUCACACUUCCAUUGUCUGCGCAAGUGUCAGAGUUGAAAGAAAAGCUUGCAACGUCGGAAUAUGCGGAUACCCCGGCAGAGCGUCAGCGCCUAAUCUACUCGGGAAGAGUGUUGAAAGAUAAUGAAACUCUGGCUACGUAUAAGAUCAAAGAUGGACACACUAUCCACCUGGUAAAGAGUGCCGCUAGCAAUCAGCGUCAGGCCGGUACUUCACAGGCUGCCUCGGCCUCCACGCCGUCAGGCGCCUCUGCUACUCCGGCCGCUGGUGUCCCCACAAACCUUGCGGCUGGCACAGGUAACAACCCACUGGCCGGUUUGACUGGCGCACGAUAUGCCGGUUUUGCGCAACUUCCAGGAGCGGGAAUGUUUGGCCCAGAUGGUGGCAUGGGCCCCCCUCCUGAUGCCGACUCUAUGCUCCAUAUGCUCGAAAACCCUCAAUUCCAGUCUACCAUCAAUGAAGCUUUACAAAACCCAGCGAUGAUUGAUAUGAUGAUUCAACAAAACCCCAUGUUGCGCGAAAUGGGUCCCGGCGUGCGGCAAAUGAUGCAGAGCCCUGAAUUCCGCCGUAUGCUUACCGAUCCUAAUUCGCUUCGCCAGGCGAUGCAACUUCAGAGAGCCAUGGGUGGUGGUGGUGGUGGGCUUGGUGGUGGUAGCGCAUUUCCUGCUCCAGGGGUCACAAACACAACACCAGAGGAAAGCCAGAAUGGCCAAAAUAACAAUGGCGCCACUCCAGCCCCUGGCGCGCCCGCGUUCAACCCAUUCAUGCCCCCAGGCCUUGGAGCAGGGAACCCUUUCGCUGCCCUUUUCGGCGGUAAUCCAGCAAUGGGCGGCGCGAACCCACCGAGUACAUCAACUGCGACGGGUACCGGUCAGACUGAGACUACACAGAGAGCCGCUGGAGAUGUUGCUGGGGGAGAUACUACCACAGGAGAGGGUCAAAAUCAACAAAAUGCUCAGAACCCAUUUGGGCUCCUUUUCAACCCCGCCAUGUUCGGGGCACAAGGCGGUCAGGCGAACCCUUUCAAUCCCCAACAAAAUCCUUUCCUUCGCGAUCCCGCUCUAUUGUCGCAGAUGAUGCAGGCAAUGGGCGCACCACCAGGAGAAGCUGGCGCCGGUGGAGUUGGCGCCAAUCCCUUGGCGGCACUUCUCGGAGGCAGUGGAUUUGGGGCUCCCCCUCCACAGGACAACCGACCACCUGAGGAAAGGUAUGCAGAACAGCUUCGCCAGCUCAAUGAUAUGGGAUUCUAUGAGUUUGAGAGGAAUAUCGAAGCGCUGCGACGAGCAGGUGGCAGUGUACAAGGCGCAGUGGAAUAUUUGUUGAGCCAUCCUUCUUGAGUUCUCACACUGAUCUGUAAUGGCGUGUUGGCCAAACGGCCUUAUUUCGUGGAGCGAUUGUUUUCAUUAUUUAGCCCCGUACGGAGUACAGCACUGGUAUGGGAGAAGCACCCAGAGUUAAACCAAUAUGAAACUCACCUUUAUAAGCGUAAGUAAUUCCCACAUUAAUAUAUUAUACUGAGCCAA